AUGAGUGCAUUGCUAUCACAAACGAGCUAUCCCCAUAUCAAGACCUAUGCGGGUUUGAUCAACGGGACGGCCACGAGGUCCUUAUAUAAAACCCUUGUGACUCAUAGUUGUGGAACGUGGUGGUCUGUUGCGUUACCAAGUCUAGCUAAUGAGGCUCUGACGAAGGCGAUAACGCCAAAACGUUACCUGUUGUUUAGUAAAGAAGAUCAAUACCAAUCCUGGGUACAGCUCAAGAAAAUCAACGAAAAACUACGUUUCAACAUGCCAAGAUUCAAAGACAGUCGAACAAUGGUCAAUACAAUUCGAUGUUUUGAUAGCUAUUAG